AUGCCCAUAAUUUCUCUAAGCGUUAGGGGAUCCCAGGCGCCUUCCGCGUUUUCAAGGCAAGCUCAGCACGAAACACCGAUCUUGCUUCAGCUGCAGCUCCACCCUCGAUCGCCCUUUCCUGAUCCAUCUUCCUUCUGCGAAUCCAGGACGUUCGACCCUUUUCUCCGGCGAAGAUCGUCCAAGGUGGCAGCUAAGGCGGGAGCGGAGAUCCCCUCGUUUGUCGAGUCGCUUCAGAAGAGGUUCGGAACGACGGACGGCCGAGAUUUCGUGCUGCUGACCGCCGGUCUCGCGUUGGCUGGGCUCGUUGGGGAGCGCAUUCUCUCAGACCGCCGUUCCUCCGCAGCAGCGAAGUCCCACCACCCGGCACCAUCAUCAGCACCACCACCAUCAGAUGCACCACAAGCACCACAAGCAUCAGCAUCACCGGUAGCCGCCCCCACAGAUUCGGCUUCUUCCGAACCAGUCACCACACCAGCAAGUGAUGCCGCCGCACCUGAACCUGCCGAAGCUGAAUCGUCUCCAGGCUCGGCGGCCGCAGGCUCGGCAGACGCAGGCCCGGAGGAAAUAAUCGUAACAGUGGUAGUGGACGGGGGAGAAGGUGAAACGGAGGAUAAGAGCUCCCCUCUAGCUGACGCUGUUGAUGCUCUCGCAGGCUAUGUGGCUGAGUUAGAGGCAAAGGCAGAAGAGAAAGCAGAGGAGAUUCUCAAAAGCCCCCCUCUAGCCGACGCUGUGGAUGCUGUAGCAGGCGUGGUUGCUGAACUAGGAGCAAAGGCAGAGAAGAAAGCAGAGGAUGUGAAAGCAGAGGUAGAAAAGAAAGCGGAGGAAAUUCUCGAGAGACCUCCUCUUGCUGAUGCUGUGGAUGUUCUGUCGAGGUAUGUGGAAGAACUAGAGGCGAAGGGAGCGGAGUUGACGAGAGAAGCGGAGGAGAAGGCGGAAGCAGUGGUGGCUGCGGUGGUGAGUGAGGUGGCAAAGGCAGGGGAGAGCGUGGAGGAAGCAGGGAGAGAGGUGGGUGAAGCGGUUAGUGCGUUGGGGGAGACUUUGGCAGAAGAGGUGAAAGAGGGAGGAGGUGAGGGGAAGGAGAAGGCAGGAGAGGGAGAGGACAGUACAGAUGACUGCCCGUUCUGCCAGUUCAUGAAGGGAGGCCCGUGCAGGGAGGAGUUUAUCGCAUGGGAGGGGUGUGUGGAGGCAGCAGAAAAAGCCGGGGAGAGCAUAGUGGACCGGUGUGUGGGGCCCACUGAAGCGCUCAAGACCUGCAUGGAGGGGAAUGAGGCGUACUACGGGGUGGUGUUGCAGGCUGAGGCGGGGAUGAAGGCUGAAGCUGCUGCUGCUGCGGCUGAAGCGAGUGCUGCUGCUGGGGAGGUGGCGUUGGUGCAAGAGGCUGCUGCUGUGGUGGAGGCAGCAGGGGAAGGCGGGGUGAAGGAAGGAGAGGUAAAGGAGGGAGGAGUGGAGAAGGAGGGUUUGCAAGGGAGGAAGGUGGAGGAUUCGGUGGAGGAUGGGGAGGGGGGGAGUGAGGAGGUUGUGGUGGUGGUGGUGGGAAAGGAGGGAGGGGAGGAAGGGGCAGGGAAGGCAGCAGUGUAG